CGAAAUCCUUUGAAGCACUGAAAAAAAAAGCGCAGGAUUGAGUGAUUUCGCAGAAAUCCGCACUCCUAAAGAAAGGGUGUGUGAAUGUGGCGUCGCAUAACUAGCGCCCGAUCUGCAUACAGCCAUGUAGAUCCAUGCUGGCUGUAUCGAGUUCAGACUAUUGCCAACCAAUCACAGACAAGGAUGUGCAAGUAAACUCAAAAUCCACUUCCCCUGAAAAUGAUAAAGAACUUCGGUCGAUGCAGCCUAGACUCAUGUCUCAUUGGCUGGUUUCGCAUUCGCGCGUAUUAUAGCUCCUUUUGAUGUCAUUUACCGAGACUUAAAAUGACGUUCGAAAAUCGCAGAUGAGGAGUUGCGACAUUUUGCUGCCGCGUGGGGAAGCGUAUGCAAAGAGGGAAACAAAGGGAUGGUGAGGGGAUGCGGGAUGAUGCAGGCUAAUUCGCGUAAUAUCCGAGAGUAUUAAGCGAGUGCAAAAAUAGGCGUUAAUGAAAACGCGCUACGCGUCAUAAACACAAACACGAAACGCGAAAAAUCAAACGAAGAAAAAGGGCACUCGUUGUCCGUAGAAUAUGCACGUGGAAAAACGAAUUGAAGUAAAAAAUGAUUGCAGAUUAGCAUCUGUUCUCGUUUCUGUUUUCGCGGUAGACACCUUAUUAUAGCUGUCUUGGUCUUUUACAUACACCCACCGACAAAUAACAGGUCUUGGGUUGUCUAUGUGGAAACGCUGUAUUACUCAACCGAAAACAGGUGUGAGGAGCUGGACUGCAGCAUAUCAUGCGACCAGACGCGUUUUCGCACCAAAACCGCCUUUUCUUGAUGCCCAGCUAAAGGCGUUUGAGGCUAGUAAACAAUAUUUACAAGCAAAAAGUGAUCUACACAGGGCCGCUCUGGAAACGACCGUCCCCGGAUCGGAACAAUGGGAAAAACAUAGUGUUUUGGCCAAUUUGUAUGACUACGGAAUCCGAGAGCAGUUUUGGAAUGGUGAGCUUGAUAUGUCACAGCCGGUUUUUCGAUACCUGGCUCGCAAAAAAUGGGAAGGCUACGACAUGUUGCUGAUUCAGCAGCGAAUUGAGCAACAUCGGGUCGUUCCCGACACUGUUGCUUCGUUCAAGCCUCGUGUUCAAUUAUUGCUGGGUUUUCCAAGUGACACAAAACAAAACCCAGUUGACCCCGGUGUUUUUCUUCCUAGUAAAACCACGGCACAGACACCUUGGAUCAAUGUCGUAUCCUUUCAUUCUCAGCCCAUUCUCGCAACUAUACUUAUGCUAGACCCGGACGUGCCUAAUUAUGCAACAAACAUGUUUGAAACAUCGGUCCAAUUUCUUGCAGUCAACGUGCCCUUGUCCCCGACACAACAAAAGGUCAAUGUUGAAAGUGCAGCCGUGCUUCCCUACAUGCCUCCCAUUGUUCACAAAGGCGAAAAUGCUCACCGGCUAGUUACUCUAUGUUUCGAACAGAAGAAUGGUCGUAUCACAGUACCGGACAAAAAUAACUCUCUUUUCGAACGCCAACCCUUUGACGUUCGUUCUUUUCAAAACAAACACGUCUUGGAGCCCAUUGGAGCUCAUAUUUGGCGCAGCAUCUACGAUGAGAAUACCGCAUGUGUGCUUAAACAGCAUCCACAGGUGAAUGUAUACAAGGAUUUUGAGGUGAAACCAAUACGAUCGUAGUACACACAUUCAUGUUUUCUUCACAUAUUGUUUACGGUCCCCUUUCUCCCUAUUACUCUCUCUCUCCAAAAACUCUUUUUUACAGCAAAAUAAUCAUAAUUCUUUUAAGGUUUAUAGGAAUGACAAAAAAUUAACAAACAAAAAAGGUACACACGAAUGUAGACCAGCAAAAAAAAG